UUGACCGCAGACAGCCCACAUCAGACUGCACAAGUGACAGGAGCAAAAGAGGAGUUUGUCUAGCAGUUGAGCGCCUUACAACUUCUGACCGGGCGUCGGUAGUUUGAUUGCAAUUUGAGCUGUUACGCGUUUUCGUUUUGUCUUAUGUGUAAAUCCUUUCCACUUUACAUAAAUACUUUUUUUUUUUUUUAAUCGUGCCCAAGUGAAGCAACUUGGCUUAAAUUUGAUAUUAUUUGAGACAACAAUUGGAGCGGAUGGUUUUUGAACGGAGUACUCGCAUUCUAGAGGGCUGACACAGAUGUCAGGAUGAGGAAUAUACUGAUUAUCGUUGUUUUAAAAUUCGGGUGCCUGGCUUUUGUGAAUGGCAUCCACCCAGAGUGUCAGUUUUAUUUGGAGAUUCGUCGAGAAGAGAAUGAAUGCCGUGAAAAUCUCAAAAGUCUCGAGCUACCAGACUCUAAAGGGUGUGAGGGAACAUGGGAUAACCUGACCUGCUGGAAGCCAGCUAAGAUUGGGGACACCGUCACUCUUUCUUGUCCAAAAGUGUUCAGUCACUUUUUCAGUAAAAAAGGAAAUAUAAGCAAAAACUGCACAGCAAAUGGAUGGUCAGAGAUUUUUCCAGAUAUAUCCAGUGCUUGUGGAUUGAAGGAUAAUGUUGAGCCAGAUGACAAGUUGACAUUUUACAAGGUGGUGAAGGCUCUUUACACGCUAGGAUACAGCACAUCUCUAAUUGCCCUCACCACAGGGAGUGCAGUCCUUUGUGUUUUCAAAAAGCUUCACUGCACACGAAAUUACAUCCACCUGAACCUGUUCUUCUCUUUCAUUUUGAAAGCAGUCUCUGUUUUAGUAAAGGAUAAGAUUCUUUAUUCAGACACCAAUUCCAUUCAGUGUACAGAGGAGAAUCCUUCACUGAUUGGCUGCAAGGCAAUCUUGGUGAUUUUCCAGUACUGCGUUAUGGCAAACUUUUUCUGGCUCUUAGUUGAAGGCCUGUACCUUCACACUCUCCUUGUUGUUAUAUUCUCUGAAAAUAGACACUUUAUAGUGUAUCUCCUGAUCGGGUGGGGAAUCCCAACAGUGUUUGUUAUUACAUGGACUUUGACAAGGAUAUACUUGGAGGACACUGGUUGCUGGGAUACAAGUGAUAAGUGGUGGGUUCCGUGGUGGGUUAUCAGAGGACCAAUUCUAGUUUCCAUUGUAGUAAAUUUCAUCCUAUUUAUUAGUAUAAUCAGAAUCCUGGUUCAGAAGUUAAGGUCACCAGAUGUUGGAGGCAAUGAUCAGUCUCAGUACAAGAGACUGGCGAAAUCCACACUGCUGCUUAUCCCACUGUUUGGAGUUCACUACAUCGUGUUUAUUUCACAGCCCGAUGCCAGCGAAUAUCAGAUCGUCUUUGAAUUAGCCAUUGGGUCUUUCCAGGGGCUGGUUGUUGCUAUUCUCUACUGCUUUUUGAACAGUGAGGUACAAAGUGAGGUGAAAAGGAAAUGGCGCUUGUGUUUGCACCUGUAUGUGAGCCGAGAUUACAGGCUGCACAACUCGUCCAUUGCCAGAAACGGCUCUGGCAGUGUGUCUGAUUUCCACCGCAACUCCAGGACUCAGUCCUUCCAGCAGACAGAAACUUCAGUUAUAUAACCCAAGCGUCCUGAACCCCCGCCAUUGCAGUUGUGUAUGAGAGCAUUGUUGUGUCGGUCUUCGUUUUACAUUGAGGACCGUUAUUUGCAGAAAUAUAAAUGUGAACAUAACUGUGUAUAUGGCACCAAAUUUAAUGAUUAAAAGGUUGUAUUGCAAAAAUAAUACCAAAAGAUGUAUAUGUUUAAAAUUGUUACGUGUAUUUACAAUUUUAAUAAAAAUACAAUAAUUUAGCAACUAACCCUAAACAAUAUCUUUAUAAACCUUACUUGAUAUUAAGACCCGGGUGUAAUUUGCUCCAUUGAAGUUAGAAAAUUAAAAACAUUGUUCCUUAAGACAUAAGACAUGCAGUACAGGGCUUGAUUCUCAGGGGUAGAUGUACUAAGAUGGGCCAGUCGCAAUGCAAAACUACUGCAAUUAGAAUUUUUGUUGCGACAAUUUGCCAAGUAUACAUUUUGUCGUAUGUACUGAGAGAAAGUAUGUUAAUGAAGAGAGCCACAGUAUACUCAUUUAAAUAUUUGUUGCAUCAUCUUAGAGAGAGCUCUAGCAUUGCAAGAGUUGUGUCGUUUUUUCAAAUAAAUAAUAAAAGGCAGUUUAAUCCCAUCAGAUUAUAUACCUUCACCCCCAAAUAAAAAACAGGUUUCUAUCAAAAAGAUUUUCAUGUUUGUUCGACAUGAGAAGGUGUCAGGAUUUUUAAAAAAUACAGUAAAAUUGCACACACAAACAUCUGUAAUGCUCAAUGCAUUUCAAAUGUAUAAAUCAUUGUGUUGAAAUUACACUCUCAGGUGUUUUGGGUAGGCUACACGUUACAUUA